AUGCAGUGCGGCGAUUUGUUUGCGACGACGAAGUUCGACGAAAAGUUGCACCUCUUGCUUGAAUCGCUUCACUUCAGCCCCCGUACGGACCAUCGCGUCGGAGCUGAAAGAUUUGCCGUUGGGAUCGGCGUAUCGAGGACAGAUUUCAUGAUUGAGCCGGCGAGCAAACUGGGCGAAUUGUUGGAAAAAAUCGGCGCUUCGAAAAAGCUGGGGCUCAUACAAGUCGGCUCUACCAACUUGGCUCGUAAUUCGUGGCGUUUACCCCACAGUUUAUGGACAGCCGUCGAUCACAUC